AUGCAGGAGAGUCCAGGAUGCAAGGGGGUGCAGGAAUUGCUGCUUGGCAAGGAGAAAGGCAAGGCCAGCAGCAAGCAGCCAGGUAAGGGGAUCCUAACCCCUACGCCAUCCUCAUCCCUACCACAGGCCACAGGCAAGAAGAAGCCGAAGAAGAAGAAAAAGAAAGCAGACCAGGAUGACAGUAACACCAGGAGCAGCGGGCAUGGCAGCAGCCCCUCCGCCUCUGAGGAGACAGAUAAACAUCACAGCAAAAGCAGGACGCAUCAGACCCUCUCUGCUCAGUUACUUGAAAUACUAAGCGUCAGGAAGGAUCCUGACCCAGCACAAAAUGCUGUAAAGGGGAUUCACAUUGAUGCAGAAAUAAAUACGUUUUUAUUAUCGGCUUCCAAUACUUCAGGCUCUACCCAAACAGAGCAGGACAUUUCUGAUCAGAUCAAUGAAAGCCUUCGGUGGGAUGGGAUUCUUGAAGAUCCUGCUGCUGAGGAAGAAAGGCUGCGUAUCUAUAAACUGAACAGAAGGAAACGCUACGGGUUAUAUGUCCAGCAACAGCUACCCACAGAGCCAUGUUUGACUCUCAAGCAUUUCCCGUUACUUCAAACCAAAGAUCCAUACACAAAUAGUGGUCAGACAAUAUGUCAGGAGGAUCGCUCCAGUCCUUAUUUUCAGGAAAAUAAAGAAGAAGAGGUCCUGAAUGCUGAGCUAGCUACCAAAGUGUCUGAACUGCAACCAGCAGCAUUACCAAAUAUUUCUCAGGAAGUUGUGUAA